ACCGAGCCGGGCGCCGGGGCGGCGCGGCCCCGCGGGGCAUUUAAGCGGCGGCGGCGGCUCCGGGCCGCCCCGUCCCGUCCCGUGCGGUCCCGGUCCUGGUCCCGGUCCUGGUCCCGGUCCCGGUCCGGCCAUGAGGGCCGCUCUCGCCCCCGGCAUCCGCCUGCUCCGCGCGGUGCCCCGCGACAGCCGCUACCGGGGCCUGAUGCUGCUGCUCACCUUCCUGUGCUACACGACCUACCACAUGUCGCGCAAAUCCAUCAGCAUCGUCAAGAGCCAGCUGCACCUCAACUGCUCGGCCGCCGGCUCCGAGCGCUCCAACGACACCGCCGGCUGCAGCUGGGCGCCUUUCGACCAGGAUAACUACAAGGAGCUUUUCGGCGCCCUGGAUAACGCCUUCCUGGUGGCUUACACCAUCGCGAUGUUCUUCAGCGGGAUUUUCAGCGAGCGGCUGCCGCUGCGGUACUACCUGUCCGUGGGGAUGCUGCUGAGCGGGCUCUUCUCGGCGCUCUUCGGCCUCGGCUACUUCUGGGACAUCCACGCGCUCUGGUACUUCAUCAUCAUGCAGAUCUUCAGCGGUUUGGCGCAGACGACGGGCUGGCCGGCCGUGGUGACGUGCAUGGGGAACUGGUUCGGCAAGGGCAAGCGAGGGCUCAUCAUGGGCGUCUGGAACUCGCACACCUCCGUGGGCAACAUCCUGGGCUCGCUCAUCGCCGGCGUGUGGGUCACGUCCGCCUGGGGCCUCUCCUUCAUCGUGCCCGGCGCCAUCAUCGCCGCCAUGGGGGUCGUCUGCUUCUUCUUCCUCGUGGAGCAUCCCGAGGACGUUGGCUGCAGCCCGCCUCUGCACCACACGGCAGCCAAGGAGAAAGAAGCCGAAGCGGGGACGCCCGACGACGGGCCGCUGAGCACCUCCAGCCGCACCAGCCUGGACCGCUCGGAGAGUACGGAGGAGCCCAAAGCCAUCAGCUUCCUCAGGGCGCUCCGGAUACCUGGCGUCGUGGAGUUUUCCCUCUCCCUGCUCUUCGCCAAGAUGGUGAGCUACACCUUCCUCUACUGGCUGCCCCUCUACAUCGCCAACGUGGCUCAUUUCGGCGCCAAGCAGGCGGGCAACCUGUCGACCCUCUUCGACGUCGGCGGCAUUUUUGGCGGCAUCAUCGCUGGCCUCGUCUCCGACUACGCCGGCGGCCGGGCCGUCACGUGCUGCGUCAUGCUGGUCAUCGCCGCUCCCAUGCUCUUCCUGUACAACCACAUCGGCCAGGACAGCAUCGGCACGUCGAUCGCCAUGCUGAUCGUGUGCGGCGGGCUGGUCAACGGGCCCUACACCCUCAUCACCACGGCGGUUUCGGCCGAUCUGGGAACGCACGAGAGCCUCAAGGGCAACGCCAAGGCGCUCUCCACCGUCGCAGCCAUCAUCGACGGCACGGGGUCUAUAGGCGCCGCGCUGGGGCCGCUGCUGGCCGGCCUCAUCUCGCCCACGGGCUGGAACAACGUCUUCUACAUGCUGAUAACCGCCGACGUCUUGGCUUGCUUGCUGCUCUCCCGCCUGAUGGUCAAGGAGGUCCGGGGCUGGCGCGGCUGCGUGGCGAGGAAGAGAGGCUCUAGCGUGCAGCUAACCGAGUCGGCGCUGGCUGGCAAGUAGCCCGGCGUAAAAGAGCAGUUUUCCGGGCCUUGCGCUACGGUUCGCCGAGUUUUGACGUCCCCCCGCUGCCUCUCAGCCACGAGGAGCCGGAGGGCGGCGAUCCACCGGGAGCGGACGCCGGAGCGGCCCCCGUCCCGCCG